AAGAUGAAAACAGUUGAAAGCCUAUAUGUGGAAGUUGUUGAUAGUCUUUGGCUGCCUGCUGCCUGCCCAUCAGGUGCGGGCGGCAUUUCUACAAGAAUGCCAGGGAGUCAUCAUUAAUAAGGUGACAAAUCCUAACCAGGCGUGCAGCGAAUUUGUUCACUGUAAUGGAGAUGAUUCCUACUAUUGCAAUGGGGAUUGCUGGGAACCUAUUGAUUGCUAUGGUGCAAUGGAAGAAACCAGUGCAGAAAUCUCCAUUCCCUCUGCAUCAGAACCUGUCGCACCGGAAGACCCCAAGCAAGAUAAAAAAUCUACCCCAACGAUUUCCACUCCUAGCCCAUCAUAUACCCCUUCAACAGCAGCAGUAACAAACAUUCCGAGCACCGAUGUACAUGUAAUGUGCAAGACGAGCGGCCGAAACGGCGUCUAUCCUUAUCCGGCCAAUAGUAAUUACUACUAUCAAUGUAUAGCGGGUUAUCUACUUCUGCAGCAGUGCCCGCAGAAUUUUCAUUUCGAGGCCGUACAAAAGCAAUGUAUUGCGACAAAACCUUAUCAUAUGAUACGGCUAUUCAUGUAAGAUUCCUUAGAGAGACGUUAAUAAAGAAGAUACCAGCCGUGUUCUUAAGCAAAUUAAAUUCUUGUAUGUCUCAAAUGACGGGAAGAAAACCCCUUUGACUACACAGUAACAUGAGCAGUUCACUUUUUGAAACGA